GGCAUGGUGACGGAGCAGGAGGUGGAGGCGGUGGGGCGCACGCUGCUGGACGCGGCGCAGCCGCUGCCCGCCCGCUUCCGCGCCCUCUUCACGCUGCGCAACGUGGGCGGCCGCGCCGCCGUGCGCUGCAUCAGCCGCGGCUUCGGCGACAGCUCCGCGCUGCUCAAGCACGAGCUCGCCUACUGCCUGGGCCAGAUGCGGGACGCCGCGGCCAUCCCCGCGCUGCUGCGCGUGCUGCAGGACCCGCGCCAGGAGCCCAUGGUCAGGCACGAGGCCGGUGAAGCCUUGGGUGCUAUUGGGACUCCUGAGGUGCUGGACGUCCUGAAGCGCUAUUCGGAAGAUCCCGUGGUUGAGGUGGCCGAGACCUGUCAGCUGGCGGUGCGGCGGCUGGAGUGGCUGCAGGAGCACGGCGAGGAUCCCGGCGCCAGCCCCUACCUCUCGGUGGAUCCCGCCCCGCCGGCCGAGGAGACGGACGUGGCCAAGCUCCGCGAGACCCUCCUGGACGAGUCGCGGCCGCUCUUCGAGCGCUACCGGGCCAUGUUUGCGCUGCGCAACGUCGGGGGCCGCGACGCGGCGCUGGCGCUCGCGGACGGCCUGCGCUGCGGCAGUGCCCUCUUCCGCCACGAGAUCGGCUACGUGCUGGGGCAGCUGCGGCACGAGGCGAGCGUGCCGGCGCUGACGGCGGCGCUGCGCAGCCGCGCCGAGAGCCCCAUGGUGCGGCACGAGUGCGCCGAGGCGCUGGGCUCCAUCGCGCGCGACGGCUGCCUGGAGGCGCUGCGCGCCUGCGCCGGCGACGCCGAGCGCGUCGUGCGCGAGAGCUGCGAGGUGGCGCUCGACAUGUACCACUACGAGAGGGGCUCGCAGCUCCAGUACGCCGAYGGGCUCUGCAAGCUGCAGGCGUCCGCCUGAGCCCCGCGCCUGCCCGCUCCGGGGCCGCGGAGCCGGCUCC